CGCUGUGAGCAACUGGCACGGGGAGCAAAUGUGUUGGAGUGAGGAAAUUGUUCCAACGUUCCAAGUCUGCGACUAUGGAGUUCCGGCGUAGUAGCGAAUAUGAGGAGACAACACCACCCCAUUAUGGGGACUGUGUCUCGCGUGUACUCGGUCGAGCGUCAGUGUUGAUGACGGUGCUGAUGGUGACGCUUUUGGUCGUUGCGACUGUGCUCAGUUCCUGCCUAGGUGCGGGUCCGGGGUGGCGUGCUGUGAGCAGCUGGCACAGGGAGGACAGGUGUCGGAGUGCUGGCAUCGGGUGUGAGAACCGCAUCCGCGCUUGGCGGCAUGCGGGUAGUGUCUCCGACGCUCAUAGGACUGGUUCCGCUUCUCUUGAAGAGAGGACAUACAACUCAAGGUCUCUGAAAGUUAGAGAUCCUAUACUGCCAGCGAUCCGCGAUCCUGAGCUGAUAGUGAACAAGACGAAGGUGUUCACUUUGACAGACUCGACACUGAAGCCGGUGUUUCCCGCGUCGAUCAGCAACUCGUUCGAUUUGGUCGGCUGCAAUAACGCCCUCGAAGACCUGGGGCUCGCAUCCAAUGGCUCUGUCUUGUAUUAUGUUCUCGACCAGCGGUGCAACAGUCAGUUGAACGGGUCCGACUCGGAGGAGUUCACGUCGAGUUGGCUGUACUCCGUACGGAAGGCUGAACGGAGGGCAGGGUCAGGGGGAUGGGAAGCCUUCCAGAACGAUUCGCUUAUUACUUACUGGUGGGCGUUUAACGAUAGCGAUGGGAUGAGACCCUCGUCGCCAAUCAUCUUCAACGAGAACUCGACAAUGGAGACGAUGAUGGGGCUGAUUGGCAUGGACUUGUCCGACGAAGGGACGACUUUGGUGCUAACCACUGAAACAUAUGAGGCCUUGGGCA